AUGUCCGGACAUCCGCAGGGAGGCCAGGGCCAAGCCCACUACGACGAUGGCUACGGCCACAGUCAGGGCCAGCCCCAGGGCCAGGGCCAGGACUCGUACUACCAUGACGACCAGCAAUACGGCCAGUACCACGACGACGCCCGUGGCCAGCAGGGUCACUACCAGCAGAACGCCAACGACGCCUACUAUGACGAACAGGGCUACUAUGACGGCCAGCAUCAGCAGAACGGCGGAUAUUACGACGAACACCACGGCCAGCAGCAGGGUUACCAAGACGAAUACUACAAUGACCAGUACUAUGACCAGGGUGGUGCCCAGGAGGGGUAUGCUCCCAACGCACAGGCCGGCCAGCCCAGGCGCCGCCAGCACGACUCGGAGGAGGACUCUGAGACCUUUAGCGACUUCACCAUGAGGUCCGACAUGGCUCGUGCAACCGACAUGGAUUACUACGGCCGUGGCGACGAGCGAUAUAACAGCUACGGUGGCGAAGGCAACCGUGGCUACCGCCCUCCCUCGUCGCAGGUUUCGUAUGGCGGCAACCGCUCAUCCGGUGCGUCAACCCCCAUCUACGGCAUGGACUAUUCGAAUGCUCUCCCUGCUGGUCAGCGCUCGCGCGAACCCUACCCGGCCUGGACUGCCGAGGCCCAGAUUCCCUGCACAAAGGAGGAGAUCGAGGACAUUUUCCUCGACCUCACCGCCAAAUUCGGUUUCCAGCGUGACAGCAUGAGGAACAUGUACGACCACUUCAUGACGCUGCUCGACUCGCGUGCAUCUCGCAUGUCGCCUAACCAGGCGCUCCUGUCCCUCCACGCAGAUUACAUUGGUGGCGAGAACGCCAACUUCCGCCGAUGGUACUUCGCUGCUCACCUUGAUCUCGACGACGCCGUCGGUUUCGCCAACAUGAACCUUGGAAAGGCCAGCCGUAGGACGCGCAAGGCCCGCAAGGCGGCCAAGAAGAAGGCUGGCGAGAACCCUGGUGACGAGAACGAGACCCUCGAGGCAUACGAGGGCGACAACAGCCUGGAGGCUGCCGAGUACCGCUGGAAGACAAAGAUGAACCGCAUGUCGCAACAUGACCGUGUUCGCCAGGUCGCCCUUUACCUGCUCUGCUGGGGUGAAGCCAACCAGGUCCGGUUCAUGCCUGAGUUGCUCUGCUUCAUCUUCAAGUGCGCAGACGACUACCUCAACUCGCCCGCUGGACAAGCCCAGACCGAGCCUAUUGAGGAGUUCACAUACCUGAACGAGAUUAUUACACCUUUGUACCAAUACUGCCGCGAUCAGGGUUACGAAAUCCAGGACGGCAAGUACGUCCGCCGUGAGCGCGACCACUCUUCGCUCAUUGGUUACGACGACAUCAACCAGCUCUUCUGGUACCCCGAGGGUCUUGAGCGCAUCAUUUUCGAGGACAAGUCUCGCAUUAUCGACCUCCCUCCAGCUGACCGUUAUUUGAAGCUGAAGGAUGUCAUGUGGAAGAAGGUCUUCUUCAAGACCUACUACGAGCGACGUUCGUGGUUCCACAUGCUGGUCAACUUCAACCGUAUCUGGGUCAUUCACUUGACAGCUUUCUGGUUCUACACCGUCUUCAACUCGCAACCUGUCUACACCAAGAACUACGAGCAGCAGAAAGAUACCAAGCCGAACAAGGCUGCUACUUUGUCAGCCGUCGCGCUCGGUGGAGCCCUUGCUUCGUUGAUCCAGAUUCUUGCUACCUGCGUUGAGUGGGCUUACGUCCCUCGCAAGUGGGCUGGCGCUCAGCAUUUGACCAAGCGUCUCUUGUUCCUCAUCCUAGUCUUCGUCAUCAACGUCGGUCCUAGUGCCUACAUCUUUGGUGUCAGCCAAACUGGCCAGAUUGCCAACAUCUUGGGUGGUGUUCAACUGGCCAUCGCGUUCAUCACAUACAUCUUCUUUUCGGUCAUGCCUCUUGGUGGUCUCUUUGGAAGCUACCUUACCCGCAACUCGCGCAAGUACGUUGCCAGCCAGACAUUUACAGCCAGCUACCCUCGUCUCAAGGGCAACGACAUGUGGAUGUCUUACGGUCUCUGGGUCCUCGUCUUCGCUGCCAAGCUCGCUGAGUCUUACUUCUUCUUGACUCUGUCGAUCAAGGACCCCAUUCGGAUCUUGUCGCACAUGAAGAAGCCCGACUGUCUCGGUGAUGCUAUCUUUGGAGACAUUCUCUGCAAGUACGAACCCAGGAUCUUGCUUGGGCUGAUGUACUUUAUGGAUCUGGUCCUCUUCUUCCUGGAUUCUUACUUGUGGUACAUUAUUGCCAACAUGCUGUUCUCCGUUUCUCGAUCCUUUUACCUCGGUGUCUCGAUCUGGACUCCAUGGAGGAACAUCUUCUCCCGCCUGCCGAAACGUAUCUACUCAAAGAUCCUCGCCACCACCGAUAUGGAGAUCAAGUACAAGCCCAAGGUUCUCAUCUCUCAGAUCUGGAAUGCUGUUGUCAUCUCCAUGUACCGCGAACAUCUCUUGGCCAUUGAUCACGUCCAGAAGCUUCUGUACCACCAGGUUCCUUCCGAGCAGGAAGGUAAGCGCACCCUGCGUGCUCCCACCUUCUUCGUCUCUCAGGAAGACCACUCAUUCAAGACUGAGUUCUUCCCUGCUCAGAGCGAGGCCGAACGUCGUAUCUCUUUCUUCGCGCAGUCUCUGUCUACGCCCAUUCCUGAGCCUCUGCCUGUCGACAACAUGCCCACUUUCACUGUCAUGAUUCCUCACUACGGAGAGAAGAUUCUCCUUUCGCUCCGUGAGAUCAUCCGCGAGGAUGAGCCAUACUCCCGCGUUACCCUCCUCGAGUACCUCAAGCAGCUUCACCCUCACGAGUGGGACUGCUUCGUCAAGGACACCAAGAUCCUCGCAGAUGAGACUUCGCAGUUCAACGGGGAUGAUGAGAAGAACGAGAAGGAUACCGCUAAGAGCAAGAUCGACGAUCUUCCCUUCUACUGCAUUGGUUUCAAGUCUGCCGCGCCUGAGUACACUCUCCGAACUCGUAUCUGGGCCUCGCUCCGCUCGCAAACUCUGUACCGUACCAUCUCUGGUUUCAUGAACUACAGCCGUGCAAUCAAACUGUUGUACCGUGUCGAGAACCCCGAGGUUGUUCAGAUGUUCGGUGGCAACUCUGACAAGCUUGAGCGUGAGCUCGAACGCAUGGCCAGGCGCAAGUACAAGAUCUGUGUUUCCAUGCAGCGUUACGCCAAAUUCACCAAGGAAGAGCGCGAGAACACCGAGUUCCUGCUCCGUGCUUACCCUGAUCUUCAGAUUGCUUACCUGGACGAGGAGCCGCCUGUCAACGAGGGUGACGAGCCCCGCAUCUACUCUGCUCUGAUCGAUGGUCACUCUGAGAUCAUGGACAAUGGCAUGCGCCGACCCAAGUUCCGCAUUCAACUCUCUGGCAACCCCAUUCUCGGUGACGGCAAAUCUGACAACCAGAACCAUUGCAUCAUCUUCUACCGUGGUGAAUACAUCCAGCUUAUCGAUGCCAACCAGGACAACUACCUCGAAGAGUGUCUGAAGAUCCGCAGUGUCCUGGCUGAAUUCGAAGAGAUGACGACCGACAAUGUUUCUCCCUACACCCCUGGUAUUCCUAAUCCCAACUUCAACCCUGUCGCCAUUCUCGGAGCCCGUGAAUACAUUUUCUCCGAGAACAUUGGUAUCCUCGGUGACAUCGCUGCUGGAAAGGAACAGACAUUCGGUACCAUGUUCGCCCGUACUCUGGCUCAGAUUGGUGGCAAGCUCCAUUACGGACAUCCUGAUUUCUUGAACGGUAUCUUCAUGACGACUCGUGGUGGUGUCUCCAAGGCUCAGAAGGGUCUCCAUCUCAACGAGGAUAUUUACGCUGGUAUGAACGCUCUCCUCCGUGGUGGCCGCAUAAAGCACUGCGAAUACUACCAAUGUGGUAAGGGUCGUGAUUUGGGUUUCGGUUCCGUUCUUAACUUCACCACCAAGAUCGGUACCGGUAUGGGUGAGCAGAUGUUGUCUCGCGAGUACUACUACAUGGGUACCCAGCUGCCUCUCGACCGUUUCCUGUCCUUCUACUACGCCCAUCCUGGUUUCCACAUCAACAACAUGUUCAUCAUGUUGUCCGUGCAGUGCUUCAUGUUUGUGCUCUUGCACCUGGGAGCCCUCAACCACGAGACCAUUCUUUGCCAGUUCAACAAGGACCUUCCGAUCACCGACCCGCAAUGGCCCAAUGGCUGCGCCAACUUGGUUCCCAUCUUCGACUGGGUUUCACGUUGUAUCAUGUCCAUUUUCAUCGUUUUCUUCAUCGCGUUCGUGCCUCUUGUCGUUCAGGAGCUCACUGAGCGUGGUUUCUGGCGCGCUGCUACUCGUCUGGCCAAGCAUUUCUCCUCUGGAUCUCCCUUCUUCGAGGUCUUCGUUACUCAGAUCUACGCCAACUCGCUCCAGACCAAUUUGUCCUUUGGUGGUGCUCGUUACAUCGGUACAGGUCGUGGUUUCGCUACUGCCCGCAUUCCCUUCGGUAUCCUGUACUCUCGCUUUGCUGGACCUUCCAUCUAUCUCGGUGCUCGUGCCCUGAUGAUGCUCGUCUUCGCCACGAUUACGGUUUGGGGUCCCUGGCUCAUCUACUUCUGGGCAUCCCUGUUGUCUCUUUGCCUGGCGCCAUUCCUUUUCAACCCCCACCAGUUCUCAUGGGACGACUUCUUCAUCGACUACAGGGAAUACCUCCGAUGGCUGUCUCGUGGAAACACUCGUUCCCACAGCGCUUCUUGGAUCGGUUACUGCCGUCUGUCCCGAACUCGUAUCACUGGUUACAAGCGCAAGGUUCUCGGCGACCCAUCGUCCAAGCUUUCUGGAGACGUCCCACGUGCGGCCUUUACCAACAUCUUCAUGGCUGAAGUCCUGGGCCCCCUGGUUCUCGUUGCUGUCACCGUCAUCCCGUAUCUCUUCAUCAACGCUCAGACCGGUGUCCCGAACCGCCAGACUGACCUUGAUUCGGCUACCCUCAGCAACGGACAAACUCCCAAGGCUUCCGGCGCUCUGAUCCGUGUCGCAGUCAUUGCAGUCGGUCCCAUCGCUGUCAACGCUGGUGUUCUCGGUGGUCUCUUUGCCCUGGCUUGUUGCGCAGGACCUCUUCUCGGCAUGUGCUGCAAGAAGUUCGGUGCUGUCCUUGCCGCUAUUGCCCACGCUAUUGCUGUCAUCAUGCUGCUUGUUUUCUUCGUUGUCAUGAUGUUCCUGGAAGGCUUCAGUUUCCCAAGAGCCCUUUCAGGCAUGGUUGCCGUGGUCGCCAUUCAGCGUUUCAUCUUCAAGCUCAUCAUCACCCUUGCUCUCACUCGUGAGUUCAAGGCUGAUACCUCCAACAUUGCUUGGUGGACUGGUAAAUGGUACACCAUGGGCUGGCACACACUGACCCAGCCUGGCCGUGAGUUCCUUUGCAAGAUCACCGAGCUUGGGUUCUUUGCCGCCGACUUCAUCCUUGGCCACGUUUUGCUCUUCUUCAUGCUUCCGAUCAUCUUGAUUCCGUACGCCGACAAGUUCCACUCUGUCAUGCUGUUCUGGCUGCGACCAAGUCGUCAGAUCCGUCCUCCGAUUUACUCCUUGAAGCAGACCAAGCUCCGCAAGCGCAGAGUGAUCCGUUACGCUAUCUUGUACUUCGUAUUGCUCGUUGUCUUCCUUGCUAUCAUCGUUGGCCCUAUUGUUGCUGGCAAGCAGAUCAAGCUGAAGGUCAAUCUUCCGUACGAGCUCCUCCAGCCUACUGGUUACAGCAACAACGACACUUCGGCACAAGUCACCGGCCAAUGUAUCCAAGAUACAUGUCCGCCAUAUCAGGGCGGCGACAGUGGUGACAGCGCCGCUACGACCGCCGCUGCGGCCACGACUGACGCAGCUGCUCGCUUCCGUCGUUACUUGGCGUACUGA